AUGCUACGCUUGCAACAGCACCUGGCGGAGUCAGAGGACAGGUCGGCUGAGCUCGAGAAGCAGGUUUUCGAACUCGAGAACCUUAUCGAUGCGGAGAGGCAGAGGGGCGCCGAGGAGAGGGACCGUUAUGAAACGAACGUUCGGGCAGACGAGGAGAUGAAUGAACGUCUGAGGGAAGAACUUCAGCGCCAGAGAAAUAUGAUGAUGCAGCUUGAAGAGGCAACAGGGCAUAACUCUGAUGCUGCAUCGUACGAGUUGCAGGAGAAUAUCCGGGAGAAAGACAGGACCAUCAAAGUCAUCUUUCUGGAGUACACUUAUAAUCACUAG